AAUGAUGUGGUCCCGUAUCACACCAGUCACAAUGCGUUUCUCCUCUGCAAUUGUCCUCGCCGUCAUUACUGCUUUAACAUCAUCGAUCUCUGCCAUGCCCGCUCAAAACGCGGUAGGCGCCGAUGGAUGUCCCACAUCUUGCUUCACUGAUGAAGAUUGCUCAAACUGCGUCUUCUCGGAUCGAUGCCUCGAUAACAGCUGCUUUAUAGACUUGUUCUGAUCGAUGCACCGUCGGAAGUUGGUUUAACUUUCUGUCGAUUGAGAAGUGACUUAAAAUACUACUAAUUGGUUUAUUGCCUGGCGUCGAGAGUGAUUAGUAGUGUAGCAGAAACGUGACGGAAUGAAAAGGUGUGUCAGAGCAAGCGUAUCAGAGACUGA